AUGGGUGUUGCUGACAAAAUUUCUCCAAACUUGAAGUUCGCCAUACUGGGCUUGACCAUCCCCAUCUUCACCCUCUAUGUGCUCGUUCUAGUGGGAUGCGUGUCCACAUCACCAGGCGUCCCGAGCCUCUACCUGUUCUUGCUUAAGGUUAACGAGAUCACCCUUCGAGUGGGCUAUUUUGCUGUCUGCGCCGUGGACGCCGCGAACACGACCAGCAUUCCUGUGUCACAGAAUGGAACCGCCAACGCAACUGACGGAACCAUCUGUAUUCCAACCCUUGGCUUGAAUUCGUCCGAUUUGAGCUUUCAGCUCUUCGGCAACAGCGAUGAUGUCGUGCCGAUCCUUACUCUUGCCUUGACUUUGCAGAGAAAGAUCCUUGUUCCACUCGUCCUCGUUGCGUCUCUCCUUAUGCUGUUUGGUGCCAUCUUUUUCGCCCUGGUCAAGGUCACCCAGAUGAAGCUGAAGAACCCCUCCGCCUUUGAGGGCGCCAUGAAGCAGCUCAACAUCUUCAAACCCGCGACCCUUGCCACGUUAUGGACGUCGGUCCUCUUCGCCUUCGCUGCCGCAGUCGCAUCGACAAUGGGCAUUGGCGCCCUGAACUUCAUCAUUCCAGUCCUGGCAACUAACAUAAGCGUGGACGGCGGUAAAGUCCUCCAAGCGCUACAAUACAUGUCCUUCAUCCUAGGGGCACUCUUCGCCCUGGGCGCCACCAUGAUGCUCGGCGACCAGCUCGAACAACAACAAGGCGUGCUCGGCGAUGAGUAUUCGCAGCAAAACGAGAAGGUUCUUGCGGAGCAAUCUUACGAAGAGCAGAUGAUGCAGCAGCAAGCCCAGAUGGAUGGCCAAAUGGAUGGCCAAAUGGAAGGCCAAAUGGAAGGCCAAAUGGAAGGCAUGGAAGGUCAAGAACAGCAGUAUCCAGAAGGCCCGUAUGGUGAAGAGGGCCAGCAAUAUGCCCGGGAGAUGGAAGGGCAGGAAUAUGCCCAGCAGCCGGAGGGGCAAUAUGCUGAGGGUGAUGAAUAUGCACAGGCCGAGUAUGCUCAGCAGCAGCAACAACUACAGCAACAGCAGCAAUAUCCGCAGCAACCAUAUCCUGGGUAA